AUGAAUAAAAUUAGCAAGUCGUACAAAUGUUGUAUUUUAUGUCUGAAAUCGCCACUUAAAGUACCUGAUCUUAAAUUGCAUCGAUUUCCUACUAAUGAAGAGAAAAAAAAUGUGUGGUUAAAUGAUUGUGGUUUAAAAAUUGACGAAUAUUCGCCAAAUCGAAGGUUAUGUUCCAGACAUAUUGAUGAGUCAUCUUAUAACAAAUCUGGUUCUUGUUUAAAAUUAGAUGCGAUUUCUACUAAAUAUUUAAAAGGGCAAAUCGUAAGACCAUUUUUUCAACUAUCUGAAGACAAAACAAUAAAUUUUUCAUUAAAAAAUGAUGAAUCUACAAUUCAGUCAUCAACAUCUGAAACUGUGAAUUUUAAUUCCAAUAUUAAUGAGUCAAAUCAAACCAUUUUAAGUCUUCCAUCUACCACUGAACUGCAAGUAACUCCAAAAAGAGAAAAACGUUUUAUCGGUGAAAUAAAAACACCCGAUUUUGAUACACCACAAAGAGCUAGAAAAAGUUUCAAAUUAGCUGAAAAUAAAAUUAAAAUUCAAAAAAAUAAGAUUAAAAUUCUCAACCAGAAAGUUAGAAGAUUAAAAACUAAGUUGUCAUCUUUACAAUUAUUAUUGAGUCAUUUAAAACAAAAAAAUCUUUUAAGUGAAGAGGCCCAUGAUAAUAUUUUGCACGCGUGUGCAAUUCACCUCGAAGCCGUGAGUAAUCUCUCAGCACAAGCCUUUUUGGCGGCAUUACGUAGAUUUUUUGCUCGACGAGGUCAAAGUGCUCAUAUUCACUCUGACAACGGAACCAAUUUUCAUGGAGCCAGUGCAGAAUUGAGUCGCUAUUACAAGGAGCACUGUAGCAACAAUAAAACUGUAAUUGAGUCCCUAGCAACUGAUGGUACUGAGUGGCAUUUUAAUCCACCCAGUGCACCACAUAUGGGCGGACUAUGGAAGGCUGCAGUUAAGUCAACCAAACACCAUCUUCUACGCAUCACAGGAUCGGCCAAACUUAACUUCGAAGAACUAACCACCAUGCUGUGUCAAAUUGAAGCAUGCUUAAACAGUAGACCACUGACAUCACAGUCUAGUGACCCAGAAAGUUUUGCAGUACUGACACCUGCUCACUUUUUAGUAGGUGGGUGUUUGACUCUACCUCCUGAACUUCAGCAUCCAGAACAACAUAUCAAUUACUUGAAAUGA